UUCAGCCAAUCAAAAGUGGCGGAUUGCUGUUGCCGUGUCAAGACUGGGGGCGAGCCUAGGGCGUUCCUUAGCUGCCGCCGCUCAAUGGCGUCGCGGUGGCGGCCUUGGAGAGCGGCGAGCGCAGCUCAUGCAGAAUUUCAGCUUGAUGACAUUGAACAUAUGUGGACAAUUGUGAUUAAAAAAUAACCGAAUUUGUGCAGUUAUAAACAUGUCAAAGAGUUUGUCAUCAAAUAUUUGGAAGUAGAAUCUAUGUAUCCUUCAUAACAGGACUGAAGAUUAUGCACCUAAAAUGACUCUUCAGGAGAUGGUGCAUCAGGCAGCCAGUCUGUAUUCUGAUAGAAAAGCAGUAUGUUUUGAUGAAUGUAAUAAGCCUCCAAUUUUCUACACUUACAAGGAGGUUGUUAGUCUUGCCACAGAAUUAACGGUUUUCCUGCAACACUACUGUGAUCACAGAGGAACAUUUGAAAUAGGCCUGUACUGCUAUCCUGGAAUAAAUUUACCAUCUUGGAUUUUAGGAAUCCUCCAAGUUCCAGCUGCAUAUUCUCCUCUUGAUCCAGAUGCACCACCAGUAUUAUCUACCUAUUUUAUGAAGAAAUGUAGCCUCCAGUAUAUCCUUGUUGAGAAUGACAAAAUAAAUAAAUUCAAAAUAUCCCAUGCUGGCUGGUUUUACCAGAGUUCUUUUGCAAUAGAUCAUGUUGGUUUAACUCUUUUCCAAAUUAAUUGGAACGAUGUUGAUGUAAAUCUGCUGUUAGAUGGCGCAGAAGACAAAACUGGAAUCUCCAAAGCUACAAGUAAUUGGGAGACAGAUUACGUAGCUGACCUGGACCAACUUAAAGCAAAGACAUCACAAAGGGGGUACAUGGAUGUCAGGCAGCAACAUUCCUUGGCAUACAUCUUGCAUACGUCAGGAACUACAGGGAUCCCCAAAAUAGUCAGAGUACCUCAUACAUGUAUUGUGCCAAAUAUUCUUCAUCUUCAAUCCCUAUUUAAGAUCACACCAGAUGAUAUGCUGUUCAUGGCCUCACCUCUGACGUUUGAUCCAUCUGUAGUUGAGUUGUUCGUUUCUCUGAUAAGUGGAGCCUCUCUGCUUAUAGUACCAAACCCCAUAAAAAUGAUGCCUCUGAAGUUGUCUGCCGCUCUUUUUCACCGUCACAGGGUCACAGUAUUACAGGCAACACCAACAUUUCUCAGACGAUUUGGAGCUCAACUUAUUAAGUCAACUGUGUUGUCUGCCAGCACUUCACUCCGUGUCUUAGCCCUCGGUGGAGAAGCAUUUCCUGCACUGAAUGUCUUGAGAAGCUGGAAAAGCAGGGAAAACAAAACACAUGUUUUUAAUCUCUAUGGCAUUACAGAAGUGUCAAGCUGGGCCACUUGCUACAGGGUUCCUGAAGAAGUUCUUAGCUCUGAUCUUCGAUUUGAUUCGCCUGUGCCACUGGGAUCACCAUUGCUUGGAACAACAGUUGAAGUCAGAGAUGUCACUGGUUCUGCAGUUCUAGAUGGAGAGGGACAAGUUUUCAUAGGUGGUAAAGAACGAAUCUGCUUCCUUGAUGAUGAAGUAAUUGUCCCUUUGAACACAAUGAGAGAAACAGGGGACUUUGUGAGAGUGAAGGAUGCAGAGAUGUUUUUCUUAGGACGGAAGGACAGUCAGAUUAAACGUCAUGGCAAACGUCUUAAUAUUGAAUGUGUACAGCAGGCUGCUGAACGUCUUUGUCAUGUGGAAGCCUGUGCAGUGACAUGGUAUCAACAGGAAAAGUUAAUCUUGUUUGUUGUACCUAAAGACAACUUAGCAAGAGACACUCUUAAGGAACUCCAGAAACAUCUCCCAACCUAUGCAAUCCCUGAUGAACUUGUGCUGAUAGAAACUUUGCCUUUCACAUUGCAUGGCAAAAUCGAUGUUUCUGAGCUGAGCAAGAUUUACAGUAACCAUCUAAAUUUCAGAAGGCAUGACAGUAAGCUGAGUGGAGCAGAGGAAUUGUGGGAAAGAUUGCAGUAUUUAUGGAAGUCUCUCCUGAAUCUUCCAGAUGAUUCACCCAGCAUUUCCAAAGAUUCACUGUUUCUGUACAGUGGUGGAGACUCCUUGAAGUCACUACGGUUUCAUGAUGAGAUUGAGAAUUUGACAGGCAAAGCCAUCCCUGGGCUCCUGGAAAUUAUUCUCAGCAGCUCCAUUGCUCAGGUUUACCAACAUGUUCUUAAAGCUGUAUUCCCAAGUGAGGACCAAAUAAUGGAUCGUAACACUGUGAAAAGAACACUGACUGAGAGCAGUGGAGGGGAAUUCCACGGAGAACACACAAAACAAAAAUCUAGAAGGUACUUUAAUGCUGCUGCAGGAUUGGUUGCAUUUAUUGCACUAAACCGAGGAAAUCGGAUGUUGUCGAUGACUUCCCCUGAGUCUCUUAUGAACCCAUAUAAUGUAGGACAGGCAGGAAAAAAGUUAAGACAACAAGCAUCUUAUUCAUCUGCUGUAACUUCUAAUACAAUGAAAUAUGAAGUGACAGAGAAUAAAUCUGGAAAGAGCAGAAGCAGUCCAGAAAUUGCAAGGAAGGCAAAUGAAACAGGUACUCAUUCUGUAGAACAAGCUCCUUCAGAAGAGACUUUCUUAAAAAUGCCUGAGAAGCUGAUAUUACAUGUAAGAUGGAAGUCAAAUAUGGGCAAAUGUGUAGAUGCCUCCCCAUUAGUUAUAAUACCAGCCACGGAUGAUUUAUCUGCAACUGUAUACGUUGGGUCCCAUUCUCACACAAUGCAGGCAAUUGAUCUAUGCUCAGGAAAAAUCAAGUGGGAGAGAAUCCUUGGAGAUCGAAUUGAAUCGUCUGCAUGUGUGUCUAAGUGUGGAAACUUCAUUAUUGUUGGCUGCUAUAACGGCUUAGUGUAUGUACUUAGAAGCCAGAAUGGGGAAAUACACUGUAUCUUUACCACUGAAGAUGCUGUGAAAAGCUCUGCAGUUGUGCAUCCUUCCACUGGACUAGUCUACAUUGGAUCGCAUGACCAACACAUAUAUGCUCUGGAUAUUUAUAAGGAGGAGCGUGUCUGGAAGCUGCACUGUGAAGGUGGAGCUGUGUUUUCGUCUCCAUAUCUAAGCAUCUUGCCAGAUCACCUGUAUGUUGCUACGCUAGGCGGACUUUUAUUGGCUGUAAAUCCAGAUACGGGGAAUAAGAUCUGGAAAAGUUCCUGUGGAAAACCCCUCUUCUCCUCUCCCCACUGCAGCGAGCAGUAUGUGUGCAUUGGAUGUGUGGAUGGGAAUGUGCACUGUUUUAGCCACUCAGGAGAAAAGGUUUGGCAGUUUUCCACCAGUGGACCAGUCUUUUCAUCCCCAUGUAUCUCAAGUUUAAUUAAGCAAGAAAUAUAUUUUGGCUCCCAUGACUGCUUUAUCUACUGCUGUAAUAUGGAAGGUAUCAAUGGGGAGGUGAAGAGUACCAACUAGUAGCUGAAGAACACCACUUUGGAGAAUACCACUGAAGAGGACCUGGUUAAAACACAACAUUCAGUGGCACCUUACCUGCUAUAAGAAGAGCACCCACUAAACUGAAUUUGGCAAGGCUGGAGCGGAGGUACAUCGACCAUCAGAAAAAAGUUGAAGAUGCUGGGACAAGUGCUGGGUGUGGACAAGACUUGCCUUGUACUUAUAUUGAGAAGACCACCACCUUCUGCCCUAAACUGAAAGCAUGGAGGCCUCCAUGAAGCACAGUUUCAACAUAAGACACUGUAUGAAGCAGUCGCUCUUUGUGAGAAUGUUGCAUGGAAAGUUAAGUUGGUGCAUUGACCCAAAGGAUACGCAUGCAUACACCACUGCUUAUCCCAUCGAGGACUGCACCGAAAAUGUAUCUAAUGUGUUGUAUCAAGAAAAAAACAAUACAAACAAAUACUGAUUUUACUACUGCAAAGUGUGUGACUCAGCUGGAGUUCAUAAAUUGCCUCAGGCUCUAAUGGAUGGAAAGUGGUAGAGAUGGUCAAUGCAGAGGCGAAGUACAGAGAAAUAUAUGCUUUAAAUGAAAGUGAAGAGGAACAUAUGCUUAGCAGAAAGGCUUAUAAAGCAGUUAUUGAACUGUGGGAUAGGGACAUAGUUUUUAGCAAUCCUAUCCGCAGAAAUGAAUCACUGCGUAUGUCCUUAAAAGCUACAAAAGGUGUGGUGUGAGAAGUGAAAUCACUGAUGUCAACAAUAGUAUGAAGACUCCAGGUGCAGCUACUAAAAUUUUUUUUUAAACAAAAGCAUUUUGUCCUGCAGUACAUAGGAGUUUCAAGGAUCCAUAGCUGACGCCAAACCUGAAAAAAUACCACAUGACCUGUACUUCAUUUUUAAGUGGUGCAUUGAUGGUUGCACUGACUUGAGCACUAGCAAGCAUGAAGGUAAGCAAGUGGAGCACAAAGCUGCCAUUUUAUCGCAAAGCCUCAUGGAUGAGUGCUUGAGUGAAAGGCAGGUUUCCAAUAUGCACACAACAACGUUGUGGUAUGUGCAUAAUCUACCACUACAAUUGGCUGUUGCUUUAACAAUUCAUUCCAGAACCAAUAGUAAAUUCCUCAAGCAGCUUAGGCACAGCAUUGGCUCCUCCAUUGAUUACAACAAACUACUCCGAGUUCUUCCACAUCAAUCCUGGUACCAUGGAGAAUUGCUUGAAGAAUUUCAUUGUUGCAUGGCAUAAUGAAGCUGCUACCUCUUUCCGUUCAGUGCAGUUUCUUCCUAGUUCCUGUGAGGAGGCCGAUACUAAAAUUAUCUUGAAUGCCGUCAGUGGCACAGAGGUACUACUAAACUCUGGAUUUUUGCACAAGACACAGAUGUUUUAGUGCUCUCUGUGAAAUGCUACCCAAGAUUUCUGCAAGAUUGUUUUUGUGGCUGGGGCUAGGGAACAAUUGCUGUAUGUCCCUCAGAAAUGUGUUCCUAUCCCUUGGACCAUUAAAAGCUGCCACACUGUGAAAUUUCCAUGCCCUUUCAGGAUGUGACAAUACUGGAAGUUUGGCUGAAAAGACCAAAUUAUCUUAUUCAAAGGCACUAAAGAUGUUCAUAUGCCGAGUUUACCAUUUGAAGGCCAGCAUUAUCGCACAUGCACAGCUACAUAGCUGAAUGUUUUCCAAAAGCGGAUGGAGAAAAAGGAGAAAAACUGCCACUGACAAGAGUCAAGAGGGAAAAUUCCAUGCAGUAGAAUGGCUCUAGGACAUCCAGAAACUACCCUUCCCAACGGGACAUAAAUGAGUCUUGGAGAAUGGACUGAUCAUGCCAGUUAUGUGUGAAAUACUAUGUGGUCCCCGAACAAUCCUUCUACUAACUAAAUGCUUGUGUCAAAGACCAGAUGCUCACCAUCCUGCAGAUGUUUGGCCAGAAGUCUGCCUUGUACAGAGAUGUGAGUGUGUUGUGCAGAUGAGGAUCAGUGUCACGUGUCUAGCAGUGAAGCCCUAGACUGAGAUGACACUGAUUAACAAAUGGUUUCAUUCUUACAUGUCAAGGCUAACUUCAUUAGGAUCAGUGAAAGAUCAGUAUCUCUCUUUAUGUAAGCAAUGAAUCACUGUUAAAGUAUCAUUUAAAAACAAACAUUGAUUUUUAAACAUUUUCGUGUGUGUGUGUAUGUAUAUACAUAUAUAUGUAAUUUAAUUGUUCUAGGUUUGGUACCACUGUGUUUGCAGGAGAAAGAACUUUUGACAUAUACCCAACUCCAACCCAUUUCUAACAACAUUGUAUUAUUAAAAUUUCCACCAACCGGAGGAGCUGGGAUGUAGCAUGUCGUCUCUCUCUCUUCACCCCGCUGCGAAGUAUGACACUAUUGGAAUUAUGAUUCUGUAGAUUUUUUUUUUACAAACCAGAUGGCCCCUCCCUUACCUUUCUGUUGCUAACUUGCCCACAAAAUGAGAUUUUACUACAUUAUGCUCCCACACUAAAAGAUAACUCUAUAACCCCUGUCUUUAUUUUCAUGGCUCAGGUAUAGUGCAAGCAGCCCUAUCCUGUUCAACCCUGACCUAAAGGAACCACCUCUAGAUUAGCACCGCUGGAAUAAGUAUCAGAUGUGGAGGCACUUUGUGUGGACAGCUAUCCCCUAUCUAUGGGCCUGAGUCUGCCCAACUUUUGUAACAGAUUUUAAAAAAGAAUCUGUAACUGGUGGGGCAGGGUGUGGGGGAAAACCCCCAAAACUUUAAAAAGCAGCCUGUUUCCCACAGAAUUUUAGAGAAACACUGAUUAGUUUAAAAACUAUCUGACCCAUUUUUUUGGCAGUAGGAAUUCUAUAAGCCUGCACAACAGCUGGUAGCAGAGAAUUUGGAAAGAUGGUUGCUUCUCUAUGUAGAGUGUUUGAAAUAUCACUUUCCAAACAGCCCCUGUUGUAGCUGCUUUCAGUGCAAGGCUGAAGUAUCUUGGUUUUCAAAUAUUUUUCAGUUCUUUAAAGAUAUCUUUAACAUGCAUAAUGUCAUAAGGGACGGUAGAUUUGCCAAGUUCCAGUGUAGGCCUUUAUAUUAAAUGACUGCAUGGUCAUAACCUUCAUCAAACACAUCUAUAUUCAUAAUAAGCAGAUAUGAUGCCUGUUAUAUUUGUUCUUCCAAUAUCGCUAUUUGAUCUCAGAGGUAAAUAGUGACCAAGAUGAAAUCUAGUUCAAUACAUGCUUGAGGCACAAUGAAUUUUGAUCAAAACAAGAGGUGUCAGCACAGGCAUUGUUACAUAUUUCUGAAGACAUUCAGACCCUGUUUGAAAAUCUCUACAUUAUGAAUUGCAAAAGUAAUUUUUCCUGUGAAACUCAGUUUUUAGGGCGGUGAGGCUGAGUUAAGAGGGCCAGAAAAAUUAUAACUAGCUUCCAAUGAUGAUCUAAUUAGGAAAAAGUCUAGCAUAUAGUUGGUGGGCAGUUCAGAGGUAAAUGUGUUUCACUGAAUUCUUCUGCUAUCAAGAUAUAGUCAUUGGUAUAUAUUGGCUGAGUGGUUAAUAAUGUUACAGUAUUCAUUAUUAUUGAUCUGUGAGGCAUUAGACAACACUAACUGGAUUACUUCAUCACUUUUCAGCCAACUAUAAACCAUAACCCUUAGCACCUAGUAGUACAGAAUAUACAGAUUCAGACCGACUUCUACUGAGAAUACAUAAAUCAGAUACUACGUAACGUUUAGCAACAUUCUCUCAGCACAUUUGUCUCCAAAGAGUAAGUCAUAGGAAGGCUAUGUCAGGAGUUCUAACCAAAGAGCAUUAGCAAUACUUCAUACUAAUCC